AUGCUGCGGGACAGCGGUCUGUCAAAACACAAUGCCAUGGUCAAUCGCAAGCCCGUCGUCGCCAAUGACGACGUCAAGCGGCCCGCCAAACGUGUGAAGCAGGAACCUGCUCCUGACACCGACUCGCCUGAUGAUUCCGAACUCGCUCCACCCGAUGUCGAACAGCACAAAGCAACCGAUCUUGAGACCGCUCUUCCUCCUAUCGACACCGACAAAGACGCCAUAAAAGCCUACGAAGCCACGCGUGCCGCUGAAUACGCCGAGUCCAAAGCUGAUCAGCCCAAAUGGAUUCCUGGUCAGCGCUCCAUCUACGUUGACGCCUUCAACCUAGCUCUUGAUACUGUGCUCGAGGACGAGAGUCAUCUAUUUGAUGAUGCCGANAAGAAGGUCUUUGAUACUUGGCGUGCCCUGAACUACGAGGCUCAAUACCUUUACGUCCGUCUAUUCCUACGCAAGACCUCUGCCUGGCAUCGUGUCAGUCGUCUGGGAUAUCACAGCGAUAUCUCCGACCUCCCAAGAGCUGUCGACACAUUGCAGAUCCCAUGCGAUAUUCCACCGCCUACCGCAGAAUCUCUCCCUGUUCCUCGCGACUUCGAUCAGCCAGACGAUGCUCGACUAGGACAUUCCUUCACGUUCGCCGACAGGUCAGAAGAACACAUUACUACAUUAGAGGAAGCUUCAUCACUCCUUCUGUUGGAUGAGUUGAAGUUGCUGGCUAAAGAUGCCAAAGUUCAGGGCAAGACNAAAAGAGAAUUGCUCAAAGCUUUAAGGAGGGCAAGUGGAAAACAAGCAGGCCUAGGCUGGGCUUCGCUCAAGCGAUCAGACACUGAAGAAUCAGCUUUAUCUGUAGCCGAUGACGAUGAUGAUAGCCGNGGGAGCACUCCUCUGCAGAACCGAGAUUCUCACUUUCUCGAGAAGAUCAUGGCAGAGACAGGUCCUUGUAUCCGUCUUUCGGAUCCUGCACGAAGACUGUUCGAACGUGUUCAUCUCGUUUUCUAUCGCUCCACUAUGUGGACGGAGAAGUCUUUGACAACCAUCAUACUUGCAAAGAUCUCACGACUAAACUUUCCCGAGUAUCUUGUGUGCCGCUCGUCCAACAUCUUUGCAUCUAGACCCAUGUUGCUCGAAUUCGAAGCCUCGUUGAGAAUACAGUUCUAUCUCGACAGCGUCCUUGAAUUCAGCGGUACACCAACUAAGGAGGGCCUGGACACUAUCCUCGACCUCUGUGACCAGAUCCUCCCGCGAUGGAGAGAAUUGCUGCAAGAGGAACAACANAAAGAAGACAGCAUCUACAUGACUGGUGAAGGUGCUUAUUUACGACGACUCUCUCCCGCAUGGGUUUAUACCCGUAUCAUACACAAAGGUGCGUAUGUCAUGGGCAAAUUCAAGGACCACAAGCGUGAGUACGAGACCCUGGAAGAGCUACUCGGACAGAAACUAUUCCAUACUUCGAGACGGGGCGACUGGUAUCAGCGAAAAGCUCUGCUGGAAGAACAUUACAUGCAUGCUUUGAUGCCCAUUCAGGGUCGUGGCGAAGAAGCUCAAAAGAAACACUGGAAACGGGUUUCUCUUCAGACCUGUGAGCAAGGUCUUCAAGACCGUCUCGUGCAUCUGAUGUAUCAUCAUGAUCUUCAGAAACGAGUCAUGAAGCUAGAGAAAGCACUUCGUGUGCCAAUGCGAGAGCAACAUGACUUUAGCCACGUUCGGCUGGCGAAACCUGUUGAACGUGUUUUCUACGGCACCAGGAUCCAGCGACCUGAACAACCCAACGAGACGAGAAGGGGAGGUAAGACCAUCUGGAUUGAUCCUGGAGAGAAUGAGAAUGAAGGCGAAUGCUCGGUGGAAGCAAUGUGUCUUUCGCAAUACCGCUCGCUUGGCUACAGAGGAUACCAUGCAGAGGGCGGCAUCGUACGGACAUUGUUCGCUUACCUUUUCUUUGAUGUACUCUUCGUGUACAUUCCGGAUGUGUUUCAGACGCCUUAUCAGACAUGUCCAUUGGACUUGCACACUGAUGCAUUCUACCCUUCACGCAUAUCCGAGAUCAAUCAGCGCCUGAACGAGAUCAACAACGGAGAGGCACGGAAUUUGAUCCAGCGAGUGUGGGACGACCACCACGAGAAGGAAACAUGUGUUGUGGGACUGAGUUGGUCUUAUGAGCUGGAAGACCUCCUUUGCAUCGCCAAUUGUUUCCCUCCUGCAGCUCUAAGUACUGUGUGCAAAGUCAUGGCACAAGAGUAUGGACANAGAGGAGGAGGCGUGCCCGACCUCUUUCUGUGGAAGGAGAACCCCGACACAGGUGGAGGAGAGGUCAUGUUCGCCGAAGUCAAAAGUGAAAAUGAUCGUUUGAGCGAUACGCAACGCUUGUGGAUAGAUGUGCUCACAGGCGCGGGUGUCACGGUCGAGUUGUGCAACGCCGUAGCUAAGGAAGUAAAAGUGGUUGGUUAG